UAUGAUUAUUUCUGCUCGUUAGUUUCAAAACCCGGUAGUACACUCUACGGCGAUGUCUAUUCCGUCGUUAAUGGCGUCGUUGCGUUAACGUUGAUUCGUAAGGAUGAGAACGGAGACGAAAUCGAUAUCAAUCGAUCUCUCAUCGAACUCGGAUUCGCUACAGAGAAAGAGGAGAAUUAUUAUUCGCACGCAAAUCACGAUCUUCGGUUAUACAAUGCCGAUUUGUCGGACGAACAGUGUCGUUAUUAUGAAACGAUGCAAUACAAUCAAGACGCUAAUGUACCGGAUAAUUAUCCCGAACCCCCUCCCAGUUCCGAGUGUACGAGCAAAGUGAAUUUACGGGGCCCGUAUUCGCCUUUGGAAAUCCAAUUCGUCAAUCUUACCGAAGCUGGUAAAAUUAAGAACGUAAAAAUAUCUCCGUCCUCCAUGAACUGUGUCCUCUUGGACACCGAACCCGAAGACUCGUCUCAACGGCUUUUGGUAGCGGGAUCCAUUUCUCAAGGUGCCAAUAGUCACAAUUUGAUGUUAUACAAUACGACGUUGAUGCCACGGAUUCCUGGAUUAGCUGCUCUGAUCGUAUUAAUAUUUACACCACACAUGGAAUUAAGACGAAGUCCUUUAGGAACUUACUAUACCGGCGUCUUAUGCGGAUUGGGUUACGACUCUGUCACCAAGGCGAGCAUAUUUCCAGAACACGAUAUAGAACUUCUCUUCGAUGUUGAGAUUAAUUUGGAAGACUUGCAAUAUAUAAACCGAUUGCGUCAUUGGAUCGAUACGGCAAUGCAAACUAAUCUCUCGUCGGAAAGUACACAUAACAUGGAAGAGAUAAUUGUCUGUCAAAAUAGGAUAAAGGAUGCCUUGCUGAAAUUGUGUACUUCGAGGAAACGGGCAUCUCAAGCUCUUGAAUUAACUCCAAAAUUCAGCAAGUGGAAUUUGUACGACGAGUCUUUGUUGCUUUCGCCUAGCAAUCCAUCUUUGCUUAAAAAAAGUAUAUACCCAUUGCACAAGGCAUUGGAAUUGGAAUCUCAUAAAGAUUUGGAAGACGUCGUAAAGAACUUGAAGUAUUUACGUACAUUGAUAACUGAAGAUUCGAGGAAAUUUGAAAAUACUAACAUUCCUUGCAAAUUAUGUAAAGUUACGUUACCCGACGUGUUUGAUGUACGAAAACAUUUGUAUACGGAAAAGCAUAGAUUCAACGAGCAAUCAUUACGUAUCGAGUUUUGAAGUACACUGUUGAAUAUACGCAACGCCCAACGGAACAACGGACGGAUACAGGGAUAAAGAAAUUCUGUUUUCACGUAGCGUACCAGUAUUACUUACUACAUACAGUAUUAAUU